CCAUCUGCAGAACCAGUCAGAUACAAAUCAGACAUGGAUCUCCUUGUGCAUUAGCGGUAGUCCUCUUACAGUUCAUGCUCAGACAAAACGAAUAUAAUAAUUCCUUUGGUGGCGGUGGUAGCAACUCAUCGUCCAACUUAAAGUGCUGAUGCAACGAUAACUAACGUUAGCUAGCUGAGCUAGACUAAGCUAAGCUAGCUAACUUAUACAGCCCGCGGAUUUCAAGGCCUUUCUGCUCUCUUCGAGGAAACACAAGUAAACAAAAUGUCGGAUUCAGACAGCGAUGAGGAGCAGGAUCGCCCGUUCUCUCUCACGGGCUUUCUGUUUGGCAACAUUAACGAGGAUGGACAGCUGGAGGGUGACAGCGUGCUAGACACGGAGUGUAAGAAGCACUUGGCGGGGUUAGGUUCACUGGGUCUUGGCUCGCUCAUCACAGAGAUCACAGCCAGUGAGGAGGAUGAAGAGCACGAUGACGAUAAAGACCAGGCUGGGACAGAUGCAGAAGGCUGGAUUAAAAGCACAGAAGAUGCGGUGGACUACUCCGACAUCAGUGAGGUUGCAGAGGAUGAAACACGGAAAUACAGACAAGCCAUGGGUAACCUGCAUCCAGGCAGGGGGAAUGAUGACGAGGAUGAUUACGAUGCCGACUGUGAAGACAUUGAUGCCAAGCUGAUGCCCCCUCCUCCUCCACCGACUAUACCUCUGCCAGGGAAGAAAGACGAGCCUCCAAGCCAAACCACCAAUGUUGGGGAUGAGGCAGAUGGCAUCAUCCUCCCCUCCAUCAUCGCUCCGUCCUCCGCCGCGGAGAAGGUGGAUUUCAGCAGCUCGUCGGACUCUGAGUCAGAAGCCGAUCGGCCCUCUCAGGGCCCAGAAGGAAGUGACCCCGACUGCCUCACGCUGCCUCUCGCGGGCAUCAUGCAGAAGGAUGCAGCCAAGGCCCUGCCUGGGGUCACUGAGCUCUUCCCAGUGUUCAGACCUGGAAGGGUUCUGCGGUUCCUGCGCCUUUUUGGACCAGGAAAGAACACCACCUCGGUGUGGCGCAGUGCCCGCAGAAAGAGGAAGAGGAAGCAGCGUGAGCCACAGCCUGGCACCCCCCCAGCUGAGAGCGAGACGUCCGAGGUGGAGAAGAAGUCUAGCUGGAGCUACGAGUAUGCCCCUCCUCCGCCCCCUGAACAGUGCCUGUCGGACGAUGAGAUCACGAUGAUGGCUCCAGUGGAGUCCAAGUUCUCCCUGACCUCAGGUGAGGGGGAUAAAGUGACUGAAUCGCGACCGAGGGUGGCAGAGUGGCGGUACGGCCCGGCACAGCUUUGGUACGACAUGCUGGGGGUGCCAGAGGAUGGCGGUGGCUUCCAUUACGGCUUCAAACUCAAAGAGGAGGAACCAGAAGAGCUGCGACUCACGCCCGCACCUCCACCUCCACCUCCACCUCCACCCGCACCUGAACCUGAACUUGAUCCAAAUAACGAGGAGGACAACGAGGAGGAGAAGGAAAGGCAGAGUUUGGAAGACGAACUCUUCCUCAUGGUGACUCAGCUGCAGUGGGAGGAAGACAUCAUCUGGAAUGGGGAGGACGUAAAACACAAAGGCACUAAGACCCAGCGAGCGAGCCUGGCAGGGUGGCUGCCCUCCAGCAUGACCCGCAAUGCCAAUGCAUACAAUGCCCAGCAAGGUCUUACAAGGAGUAUUUCCCAGUUGGUUCCCCCAACCCCUCCUCCCAUGCCCAAAGUUCCUUCUAUCUCAGGAUCCAAGAGAGAGAAACAUAACCAAGACCACCAAGUGUCCCAUGAGGAUGAUGCCCCAUGGUUCUCCAUCUUUCCCAUCGAUAAUGAAGAGCUGGUGUACGGCCGCUGGGAAGACAACAUCAUCUGGGAUGACCAGAACAUGGACUAUCUUCUGUAUCCCCCGGUGCUCACUCUUGACCCAAAUGAUGAGAACAUCGUCCUAGAGAUCCCAGAUGAGAAGGAGGAAAGGACCUCCCACUCACCCUCCAAGGAGAACAAGAAGGAGAGCGCCCUGAAGAAGAGCCGCAUCCUGCUGGGGAAGACCGGCGUCAUUAAGGAGGAGCCUCAGCAGAAUAUGUCUCAACCAGAGGUGAAGGAUCCCUGGAACUUGUCCAAUGAUGAGUUCUACUACCCCAAACAGCAGGGGCUGAGGGGCACCUUUGGAGGCAACAUCAUCCAGCACUCCAUCCCUGCGGUGGAACUGAGGCAGCCCUUCUUCCCCACGCACAUGGGCCCCAUGAAGCUGAGGCUGUUCCACCGGCCCUCCCUGAAGAAGUACUCGUUUGGAGCCCUGUCCCAGCCCGGCCCUCACCCCUCCCAGCCUCUGCUCAAGCACAUCAAGAAGAAGGCCAAGAUGCGGGAGCAGGAGAGGCAAGCCUCUGGUGGAGGCGACAUGUUCUUCAUGCGCACGCAGCAGGACCUGACCGGGAAGGACGGAGAUCUCAUCCUGGCAGAGUACAGCGAGGAGUACCCGCCUGUCAUCAUGCAAGUUGGCAUGGCAACCAAGAUCAAGAAUUACUACAAGAGAAAACCAGGUAAAGACCCAGGAGCUCCAGACUCUAAGUACGGAGAGACAGUGUACUGCCACACAUCACCAUUCCUGGGCUCUCUGCACCCUGGCCAGCUUCUGCAGGCGUUUGAGAACAACUGUUUCCGAGCUCCCAUCUACCUUCAUAAGAUGCCAGAGACGGACUUCCUGAUCAUAAGGACCCGCCAGGGCUACUACAUCAGAGAGCUGGUGGACAUCUUCGUGGUGGGACAGGAGUGCCCCCUCUAUGAGGUGCCUGGCCCAAACUCCAAACGGGCAAACACGCACAUCAGGGACUUCCUGCAGGUGUUUAUUUACAGACUGUUCUGGAAGAGUAAAGACCGUCCACGGCGUAUCCGCAUGGAGGACAUAAAGAAGGCUUUCCCGUCCCACUCGGAGAGCAGCAUUCGGAAGCGCCUCAAACUCUGUGCCGACUUCAAACGCACAGGGAUGGACUCCAACUGGUGGGUGGUGAAGCCGGACUUUCGGCUGCCCACGGAGGAGGAGAUCAGAGCCAUGGUGUCCCCGGAGCAGUGCUGCUCCUACUACAGCAUGAUGGUGGCAGAGCAGAGACUCAAGGAUGCCGGCUAUGGAGAGAAAUCCUUCUUUGCCCCUGAGGAGGAGAAUGAGGAAGACUUCCAAAUGAAGAUUGAUGAUGAAGUGCGCACCGCCCCCUGGAACACCACGCGAGCCUUCAUCGCGGCCAUGAAAGGGAAGUGCUUGCUGGAGGUGACGGGGGUGGCUGACCCCACGGGCUGUGGAGAGGGCUUCUCCUACGUCAAAGUCCCCAACAAACCAACUCAGCAGAAGGUCUGCCCGGACGACCGCGAGCCUCAGCCGGCGAAGAAGACGGUGACGGGGACGGAUGCCGAUCUGAGACGCCUGUCCCUGAAGAACGCCAAACAGCUGCUCAGGAAGUUUGGCGUCCCGGAGGACGAGAUUAAGAAGCUGUCCCGUUGGGAGGUCAUCGACGUGGUGAGGACCAUGUCCACGGAGCAGGCGCGCUCCGGCGAGGGACCCAUGAGCAAGUUUGCCCGAGGGUCCCGUUUCUCCGUGGCCGAGCACCAGGAGCGCUACAAAGAGGAGUGCCAGAGAAUAUUCGACCUGCAGAACAAGGUUCUGGAGUCGUCGGAAGUGCUGUCCACGGACACAGACAGCAGCUCUGCGGAGGACAGCGACUUCGAGGAGAUGGGGAAGAACAUCGAGAGCAUGCUGCAGAACAAGAAGACCAGCUCGCAGCUGAGCCGGGAGCGCGAGGAGCAGGAGAGGAAGGAGCUGCAGCGCAUGCUCAUGGGCGAGGACGGGGAGGAGAAGAAGAGUGGCAAGGGGAGACGCAAGGCCCAUUCGAGUGCACUGUCCACCGGCUCUCAUAAGGAUGACGACACGUCGUCGGUAACCAGCCUCAACUCCUCGGCGACUGGACGGCGCUUAAAGAUCUACCGCACGUUCCAGGACGAGGAUGGCAAGGAGUAUGUCCGCUGCGAGACCGUGCGCAAGCCCUCCGUCAUCGACGCGUACAUGCGCAUUCGUUCCACAAAAGACGACGAGUUCAUUCGUAAGUUUGCGCUGUUCGACGAGCAGCACCGUGAGGAGAUGCGGAAGGAGAGGAGGCGCAUUCAGGAGCAGCUGAGGCGCCUCAAGCGCAACCAGGAGAAGGACAAGUUCAAGGGGCCACCAGAGAAGAAGGCCAAGAAGGUCAAAGAAAGGCCAGACCUCAAGGUGACACUGAAGUGUGGAGCCUGCGGUGCCAUUGGCCACAUGAGGACCAAUAAGUUCUGCCCACUCUACUACCAGACCAACGCUCCGCCCUCUAACCCUGUUGCCAUGACAGAGGAGCAGGAGGAGGAGCUCGAGAAGACCGUCAUCCACAAUGACAACGAGGAGCUCAUUAAGGUGGAGGGCACCAAAAUAGUCCUGGGAAAACAACUUAUUGAGAGUGCUGAUGAGGUGCGCAGGAAGUCACUCGUGCUGAAGUUCCCCAAACAGCAACUUCCACCCAAGAAGAAGAGGCGUGUGGGGACUACAGUGCACUGUGAUUACCUCAAUCGGCCACACAAGUCUAUCCAUCGGCGUCGCACAGACCCCAUGGUCACGCUGUCUUCAGUGCUGGAGGGCAUCAUCAACGACAUGAGAGAUCUUGCCAACACGUACCCGUUCCACACUCCGGUGAAUGCCAAGCUGGUGAAGGACUACUACAAGAUCAUCACCCGGCCCAUGGACCUGCAGACCCUGCGUGAGAACGUCCGGAAGCGCAUGUACCCCUCAGGGGGGGAGUUCCGUGAGAACGUGGAGCUCAUCGUCAAGAACAGCUCUACUUACAACGGAGUGAAGCACCCUCUCACCCAGGUGGCUCAGUCCAUGCUGGACUUGUGUGAGGAGAAGAUUAAAGAGAAGGAAGACCGGCUGGUGCGCCUGGAGAAGGCCAUUAACCCGUUGCUGGAUGAUGACGAUCAGGUGGCGUUCUCCUUCAUCCUUGACAACAUAGUCACACAGAAGAUGAUGAAUGUGCCUGACUCUUGGCCAUUUCAACAUCCUGUUAAUAAGAAGUUUGUUCCUGAUUACUAUAAAGUCAUUACUCACCCCAUGGAUCUGGAAAACGUUCGUAAGAACAUUUCCAAGCAUAAAUACCAAAACCGGGGUGUAUUUCUGUCUGACGUCAGUCUGGUCCACGAAAACAGUGUCAAAUACAAUGGCCCUGAUAGUCCAUACACCAAGACUGCUCUAGAGAUUGUUAAUGUCUGCAGGCAAACCCUUUGUGAGUAUGAUGAGCAUCUGACCCAGCUGGAGAAGGACAUCUCCACGGCUAAGGAGGCAGCCCUGGACGCUGCCGAUCUGGAGUGUUUAGACCCCUUGACCCCGGGACCAUACACACCACAGCCUGCUGAGUUGUUUGACAGCAGUACUUCUCUGAGUCUGCAGGGUGACGCUAGCCUCUUAGCGGAGGCUACGCUUCUCCCCCCGACAGAGAAAAGAGGGGUGCAGGGUCGCCACGGUCGCCGUGGGCUCGGCGAGGAAGAGUCUGAUGUGGAUAUUGAAGGCUUUGAGGAAGAGGAUGAUGGCAAGCCCAAAACACCUGCACCGGCUGAGGAUGGAGAGGGUGACCUGGACGAUGACGAGGAGGAUGAGGAUGACAUGCUUAUGCCACCACGCAGGCGAUUGCACGACAAUGAGGAUGAUUAUGACGAGGACGAAGGCUCCAGCCGCCCGCCUCAGGCUAGCGUGCUCUAUCAGGAUCUCCUCAUGUCCGACGGAGAGGACGAUGCCAGCGAAGAGGAGGGAGACAACCCUUUCUCCUCGAUUCAUCUGUCAGAGAGCGGCAGCGACUCGGACCGGGAGAUGGCGCCACCGUCCAGGGCCCACCAGGAGACAGCGCGCAUGGGCAUGGGCAUGGGCAUGGGCAUGGAGCAGGAGGAGAGCAUGAUGUCCUACGAGGGAGAGGGGCCAGACGAGGAGACCCACAUGGACGACAGCAUUGUUAGCUACGGCAGCUAUGAUGAGAUGGAGAUGCAGCGCCAGAGACAGAACUCUAGCCUGGGCAACGGAGAGGAGGAAGGCGUGAGUGAAGAGGAGGAAGAGGAGGAAGAGGAGGACGAGAGAGAUGGGGUCCGGAGAGGGCCAAGUGUCCUCACCCAAGUUCAACUCAGUGAGGACGAAGAGGACAGCGAAGAGUUCCGGUCUGUUGGAGGAGACAGCGACAUGGACUCUGACAACUAGACUAAAGACCAUGGACACAUGUGUGUGUGUGUGUGUGUGUGUGCACAUACAAACACAGCAAGUAAUCAGAUUUCACUCAGAGGUGCACACACACACACACACACACACACACACACACACACACACACACACACACACAAAAGCCCAUACUGGCCACAUCUCUGUGCCUGGGGUGUGUGGCCAGACUUACUUCUAUGGGGGGUUUUAGUUCCAACUGUUGUGUUGAUUAUGUACAAUAUUAUGUAAAUAUUAUCUUUUUUUUUAAGAACAAAUAACUUGUCAUGGUCGCUUUUAACAGUCGACAGUAACCAUUAUGCAUUUUUAGCAGAAUGUCGGUCAUCCAGUGAUAUAACCGACAGAGUUUACCCACAACAGUUUAAAUGACCUUGGGGAAUCGCUUGGUGACAGUUUGGUGACGUGAUGCAAGACUAAAUGUAAAUGUUUUUGAAGGUUUUUCACGAGCAGCAUUUCAGUGUGGUUGUUUGUCAAAACAAUAAAUGACUUUUGUUACAUA